CAACAACAAUGUUCAAGUUUGUGCUGCUCAGUGCUGUGCUGGUAGCGGUCACCGUUUGUGCUGCACCGGCUGAUAACAAACCGGGCCAGCAGGGCCGCACCGAUGGGCUGGAUCAGGCUGAGUCGGCCUGGAACAACCCGAACGCCUGGAACGCACAGGGCAACACCUGGGCGGCCCGUGAUCCUGCCGCCUGGAACCAUCCGAACUCGUGGAACCAUGGUAGCGCGUGGAACCAUCCGAAUGCCUGGAACCGUGGAUACAACAACCGCUACGAUCCUGCCAACCGUUGGGCUGCCGGUGCUGAUCCGUGGAACCGCUAUGGUGCCGGCGCGGGCUGGAACAGUUGGGCUGGACGUGGGGCCGCUGCUGGAUGGCCAGCUGCUGCUGGAGCCGCUACCAACCGCUGGAACGCUUGGUAAAUCGAACGGGAGCCGAUGGAUGUGGGCAACCGAUUCGCUAAAGAUUCGACACCAGUUGGGCCAGUUGCAUGUAUGGGCAGACGUUUACUUUCUUAUAUUCACUUUGUAAAAUAAAGUUUUCUAAGAGCACCAAAA